AGGCGGGCUUUCUAAGAUUAAUGUGAGGAUAGUGGUGCAUUCUUGUUUGGAUACCUUGGCUAUCUUCGCUCAUGUUAUGUUCCGUUAUUUGGUCGUCAAAUUAAACUCAAUACUCUUUAGUUUCUGAGUCAUUGGAAAUAGUUUAUCUGUAGUCAACACGUUUACAUGUUUGAGUCGAUAUCACUGUCCUGAUAUUUAGGUUGAGUGCAUCAGUUAAGUGACAAUUAACCAUAAUUCUGUUCCAUAUCUUAGCGUGUUUAUUUAUGUACGGGUACUCUAGUUACCAAUGAGUUCAUGCAAUGUUAGUCCGACAGCCUGCUAAGUUCUAGCCCAUGUAUAGAUGUUGCUUAAGAAUCUUCCCAUCACACUAUUAAAGUACAAAGUUGCAAAUUCGAAAAUUGCUAACUAUUUAGUUAUCUUGAAACAAUGAGUCCGUUACCUGUUUAUUAUAUCUACUUCGUACUUAGGCCUUCUGUCCAUACUACGUGGUCUUGAUCAGUAACUACCUAGCUAUUAAGGCUCGUAUUAAUGAUUUUGUGUACUUGAUUGUCCCAUCUGUGUGGACUUUUAGGGUGGGAAUAAUCAUAUUUUUCAUCUAGUCCUGACCGUUUGUUAGUGGGAUUUCCUCUGUUACUCCAGUAAUUUAGUAACAGAUAGGUUCAUUAUUGUAUUUUACUUCAAAAGCGUGACAAGUAAUAACAGGAUCGCAUUGCUCUCCCACAUUCAAAGUUUCAGACUCAGUUUCUAGUACUGAGCUUUUAAUAGUUUAUUUUUAUCUUCAGGGAAAACGUGGAGUCACGACUGAUUGAUAAAAAAAAUGUACUAGAUACUCAUUUAAAGUCCGAUGAAGCGGAAGAGGGAGAAGUCAACGAUGUAUCCGACCAGGAAGAUAGUGUAUCAGACUUUUCGAGUAAUAGUGAUUCUUCAAAGCCUUACAACAACAACUCAUCACCAAAGCCUAGAAAUGUGAGCUGUAUGUCAAAAGUGUCAGACAACGGGGGAUCAUCUCUGAACACUCAAAAUCCAUCAAUACACCAUGUCCGAACCUAUAACAGUAGACCUGUCAAAAUAACGGAUACUACCCAUGUGCCAAAGAAGAUAAACACAAGUCCUGCCAAUCCUAAUUCAGAUAUUGCUUUCGAUCGAAUUUCGUCUCAGGAAAAGCAAAAUGCAACUAGACUGCAGCACGUAGUCAAUCGUGCUAAAGCUUCAGAUGCACAAAUGUUGUCUGAGCAGGUCGAACCACUUCAUGUCUCGAUGCCUGUCAAGUUAAAUAAUAAUCUCCAGGGUCUACGGGACUUGGAAAAGAUGCAACUUCAGAUGCAACUAGAAGUCUCAAAUAAUCAAAAUAAACAUAACCAUACUUCUACUUCCUACCCCUGUUCCUCUCAACGAGAUAUGGCACCUCAAAGUAUGUUUCCUGGUUUUGUCCCCGGCGGAACACCAGUACCGGCGCAAAAUUCUGUGCAGAGGGUUGCUUCUGUUGAAGCUGUUCCAGAAAACAACAAUAGUGAUAAUCAUUUUGGCUUAUCUGGCUCGUGGCGAGUAGCUGUUCCCCCUUCGUCUGCAUUAGGUUCUCAACAAGAAAUUGAAAAGAUGCACAUGAUGUAUCAGAAAGCCUGUCAACUCUAUCAGCGUGCUGUAGCUACUAUCGGGUCGACACCUAAUGUUAACAUCCAACCCCCACCUUUUGGAACUCCUAUUGGUUCUCCUCCUCCGAUGUCUCUCCAAUCAUUUCCCCCAACUCUGAUGCCUGUUACUGCUGUUGAACGUUCGACACCUGUGUCUCCGUCCAAAUUCAUCCCGUCUCAACUUCCUCAUGAUAUUCCUAGAAAUGUACUUAAUCAUCAUGCGCAGUCAGCUAGUAUUCAGACUGCUUAUUCGAUGGCAUAUUCAUCCGCUUAUCAAGAGACUUUAAAGUUUAUGUCUACUAACACGGGAAAUAGUUUGAUCCCUAACACACCGGAAUACACAUCUCAAUGGCAUCGCUAUUUCAAUCACUAUAUGAAUUAUUAUUUGCAGGUUCAUAACUAUACACCUUCGUUAUCUAGUGAGCAACAGCCAGUUUUCUUUCCUCCCACUGGACUACCACCUCCUCCUAAUAGUGCAUCCUCUUGUGCCGAUUUUCCUGUUCUUCAAUCCAAGCCAGAUAUUCAUAACCAUCAUGAUUCUAAGCGCCUACGCAUAUCGCCUAGUGAGAAUCUUCAUAGUAUUCGUACUGUAUCCAAUCCUGAACCUUCCAAUCGCCCCAGUUCCCCAUCUGAUACGAAAAGUGUAAGAAGCGACAUAUCAAAAAAUGAUCUAUCUUUGUCAAAGUAUUUAUGGAUAAGCAAUCUCCCUCAAGGCGUUCGAGCGGUAGAUAUUAAAGAAAUGUGUGCACCAUACGGAAAAGUAAGUUGUUUGUUUAUAUUGUAGUCGUACUGACUAUAUUUUUUAUUGACGACAAUCAUUCCUUUCUUAAAAUCCGAACAUGGCAAAAUCUGAACUUAGUUUCUCGAUUGAAGUCAUCCAUAAAACGGAAAAAGUAAGUUACCUAAUGCUCAUAGAUAACUUUUAAUGAUGUAUUAGUUAGUCAACGGAUUAAUAUCUCAUAUGGUUUAGGUUCUGUACAAGGUGUUUUGUACUACCUUUCGAUUUAUCCAUCAGCCGAUGUGUUGUCGCACAUUCCACAUAGGCAGUUAUUCUUCCGUAGCAAGCAUGUGUGGUUUUGGGCUUUUUUGUUAUCCUGAAGGCUGUUAACUACAAUGUACGGGAGCAAUGAGUUAAAGCGUUCGACUAUCAGCUACCAAGCCACUGGUUCAAACCGUUGUUCCAUGUAAUUCGGUUCGGAUAAUCGGGUAGUAUUAAAAGCCCUUACACUUGGAGUAUACUUCAUGCACAGAUACCUAUUAAAUUAGUUGACCUGAAAGUUUUGAGUACAGAAUAUAGUUGUUAGUGAGUUGCUAGUCGACCUUGCUUUUUUAACUAUUUAAUGAUGCUUAGAUUUGAUGAGUAAGAAUGUAUGAGCAAAGUGUUUUUAUUCCGACUGUAAAUGAUUCAGUAAAAUGACUUCUAAUUCUAGCAUCUCAUCAUAAAUUCUGUUUGAUAUGUUCUCUUCAUUGUUAAUAUCCUAAUUCUUAGGUUUUCUGAAGAUUUUGCCAAUGUGCCAUGUCAAAUUAAAGGCACUUGAUUAUUUUACAUUUUCCUGACUAACAGUUGUGAGUAAUUGACACACAUUACAAACUUAUUCAUUUAAACCAUGUAUUUACCCAUUUUUUGAAGCUAAGCAAAUAUAAAUUGAUAAACACGAGAUAUUUAAACAAUGGCAUUUUAGUUAUAUUAGAAUGUUUAUACCCACCAUCUGAUGAUAAAAGGCGAAUAUGAUCAUUUGAUGUCUUGUGCGAUUGGCAGCCUUGCUGCUUUUUGUUAACAAGUAUCAUUUGGAAUCUAAUGAUUUCAGCCUUACUGAUGGUUACUUUUAAGCAUAAUUCUUCUUCAUGUACUUUACGGAGCAACUAAAACUCUCAACAUUUCUUUUUAGGUGCAAACAAUAAAAAUAGUGGGCAGUAAAAAGAAUAAACCCCCAUCUAUUUACGCUUAUCUCAUUAUGGAGACUUCAGAGGCUGCAGUUCGUCUUGUGAAAGCCUUACAAGGUGUAAAGUUCUCUGAAAAUGAGUUAAAGAUCAAGCAGAUCAAUCCAAUCCGUUUGCCAUGAUCAAAAGUUUGUGAACGGUCAGCCAUGUAUAUUUUCGCUGUGCAUUUAUUUUAUAUAUUUUUUCAAUUGAUGUACAUUUUACAAACGUAAAUGUCUUGUAUAUAUUUUUUAAUGCCA